GAAUUUCCUAUACCAUACUAGUGUACUGUACUAGUCUACGCACGCAAAUUAAAACGUGUUGACACCAAUGGCCUUCCAUAGUGCAUUACAUUACAGAACAUGGCACACCAUCUGCGCCGUUUGGAUUGAGAACCGUCACUGGGACAAGGUUUAAUGAGGAUUUGGCAGUGGAGUUAGUUUGUUGGUUUGCUCCCAGUACACUUGCUCAGUAUGGAAACCCAAUAGGAGGGAGUUUUUCUGUGCGCUAUGGUCAGCUGAAGCACGGCGGCUAAAAAUAAUCAUCCUGCACUGUCCUACGUGUGAUUGCAAUAUCCACUGAUCCACUGCGGUCUCCAACUCACUUCCAGCUCUGGGAAUGAAACCCUGCUGAGACGACCAUCUUCUAGAUCUUUGGCCAGCCAGGCAGUAUGGCCUUGUCAUUCUGCGGGAACGAUCUCAAUGACUCCUACAGCAUCAACAAGGGAGUCCUGAAUAACGGCUGCUUCGUGGAUGCGCUCAACCUUGUUCCACAUGUCUUCUUACUCUUCAUUACCUUCCCUAUCCUCUUCAUUGGUUGGGGCAGUCAGAGUUCGAAGGUGCAAAUCCACCACAACACCUGGCUGCACUUCCCUGGCCAUAAUAUCCGCUGGAUUCUGACCUUCACCUUGCUUUUUGUGCACGUGUGCGAGAUCUCCGAGGGAAUCGUCUCCAACACGGAGAUGAAGUCAAAUCACUUGCACCUUUUUCUACCUGCAUUAAUGGGCUUCAUAGCAGCUACAACAUCAGUGGUGUAUUACCACAAUAUCGAAACCGCCAACUUCCCCAAAUUACUCCUCGCGCUGUUCAUCUAUUGGGUGCUGGCGUUCAUCACCAAAAUCAUCAAGCUGUGGAAGUUUGCAGAGGAAGGCGUGGGCAUACAGCAUCUCCGCUUCUGUAUCACGGCUCUGCUCGUGGUGCUGUACGGCCUGCUUAUGGCUGUGGAGAUCAACGUCAUACGGGUCAGGAGGUACGUGUUCUUCACUAACCCUCAGCGAGUGAAACCACCGGAGGACCUGCAGGAUCUGGGUGUGCGCUUCCUCCAGCCUUUCGUUAACCUGCUCUCUAAGGCCACGUACUGGUGGAUGAACCCACUGAUCAUGGGUGCUCACAAGAGGCCCAUCGAGCUGAAGAAGAUCGGCAAGCUGCCCAUCGCCAUGAGGGCUGUGACCAACUACCUGCAUCUGCGGGACGCUUAUGAAGAGCAAAGGGAGACUGCAGAGAAGCUAGACAAGAUGCCAUCCAUCUGGAGGUCCAUGUACCGUGCGUUCGGCCGGCCCAUCCUCCUCAGCAGCACCUUCCGCUACAUUGCCGACCUCCUUGGUUUUGCCGGACCACUCUGCAUUUCUGGAAUUGUAGAGAACCUGAACCCGGAGAAUAAGACUGAAGUCUUCAACAUGACCACGACAGAGGAUCUACCGUUUGGCGUCUACUUUAUGUCCUCUGUGGAGCUGUUCAAAAAGGCUUAUGUCCUGGCCGUGCUUCUCUUCCUGGCUCUGGUGCUCCAGCGUACCUUUUUACAAGCCUCCUACUACGUCACUAUAGAAACAGGCAUCAACCUACGAGGAGCACUGCUGGCAAUGAUCUACAACAAGAUCUUGCGUCUCUCCACCUCCAACAUGUCUAUGGGAGAGAUGACCCUGGGACAGAUCAAUAACCUGGUGGCAAUAGAGACCAACCAGCUGAUGUGGUUCCUGUUUCUAUGCCCUAACUUGUGGGCAAUGCCUGUGCAGAUCAUUAUGGGCGUGAUUCUGCUGUAUUAUUUGUUGGGGUCCAGCGCUAUCAUUGGUGCACUGGUCAUUGUGCUACUGGCCCCCAUUCAGUACCUCAUCGCCACCAAGCUGGCCGACACACAGAAAAGCACACUGGACUACUCGACAGACCGUCUGAAAAAGACCACAGAGAUCCUGAAAGGCAUAAAGCUGCUGAAGCUCUAUGCCUGGGAGAACAUUUUCUGUGAUAGCGUGCUGGAAACCAGGAACAAGGAACUCACCAGCCUCAGGACGUUCGCAUUUUACACGUCCAUGUCCAUCUUUAUGAAUGCAGCCAUCCCCAUUGCUGCGGUGUUAGUGACCUUCGUUACUCACGCAUACAUCAGCGAACCUGAAAAUAGGCUGAGUCCAGCCAGGGCAUUCGCCUCUCUGGCUCUCUUCCACAUCCUGGUCACACCACUCUUCCUGCUUUCCACCGUAGUGCGCUUUGCAGUUAAGGCCCUGGUCAGUGUUCAAAAGCUUGGCGAGUUUCUGCAGAGCGAAGAGAUCGGUGAUGAUAGCUGGAGAAACGGAGACAUGGCGGUGGUUUAUGACAACUACAAGAAAUCCACUGGGGGUACAAAGGUGAUAAAUAGGAAGCAGCCGCUACAUUAUCAAAUGGAUAACUACGAUCAGCCCAUGCGCAGGCAGCUGCGCCCCAGGGAGACCGAGGAUGUCGCCGUGAAGGUGAGCAACGGAUACUUCACAUGGGGGAACAAUAUGUCAACCCUGUCUGACAUCAACAUCUGCAUUCCUUCAGGUCAGAUGACCAUGAUUGUGGGCCAGGUGGGUUGUGGGAAAUCCUCGCUGCUGUUAGCCAUGCUGGGCGAGAUGCAGACUCAGAGUGGGAAAGUCUAUUGGAGCAAGCUUCCUGAUUGUGAGGUGUUCCAUGAUGGCUGCAUAAGCGAGUAUGACACAGAUUUAUCCUACGAAGAACGGAGUAAGAACAGGUACUCUGUGGCAUACGCAGCUCAGAAGUCUUGGCUGCUAAACGCUACUGUAGAGGAGAACAUCACAUUUGGUAGUCCUUUCAACAAGCAGAGAUACAAGACUGUGAUCGAUGCUUGCUCACUGCAGCCAGAUAUUGAUCUCCUUCCCUUCGGGGACCAGACUGAAAUUGGAGAAAGGGGAAUAAAUCUCAGUGGAGGUCAGAGACAGAGGAUCUGUGUGGCCAGAGCUCUGUAUCAGGACACCAACAUUGUUUUUCUGGAUGACCCAUUUUCUGCUCUGGACAUCCAUCUAAGUGACCAUCUGAUGCAGGAGGGCAUUCUCAAGUUCUUGCAGGACGAUAAGCGCACUAUGGUCCUAGUUACACACAAACUGCAGUACCUCAUUCAUGCAGACUGGAUCAUAGCAAUGAAGGAUGGCUCUGUGUUGAGAGAGGGGACACUGAAGGACAUCCAGACACAUGAUGUGGAGCUCUACGAGCACUGGAAGACUCUCAUGAACAGGCAGGACCAGGAGCUGGAGAAGGACACCGAUUUUGAGAGUCAGACUACUCUCGAGAGGAAAACACUCAGAAGAGCCUUCUAUUCAAGAGAAGCCAAGAAUCAAAUUGAUGAUGAAGAUGAAGAAGAGCAAGAGGAGGAAGAUGAGGACGACAACAUGUCUACUACCACCAGCCGGCGUUUAAAAAUCCCAUGGAGGGUUUGCUGGUGUUAUUUCUCCUCUGGUGGCUUUCUCUUGGUUUUCAUGAUGGUCGCCUCCAAGCUGGCCAAGCACUCGGUCAUGGUGGCCAUUGAUUACUGGCUGGCAGCAUGGACCUCCUCAAGCCCAAAUAAUAGCAGUGAUUUCAUCACCAACCUGGAUGCCAAUGCCACCAACUCCACUCAGGAGUACACGGCCAUGCAAAGUGCUCAGUAUCAAGAUUAUGUGCCAGUGUUCAUUAUUCUCUGUGGAGCAGGGAUAGUCCUCUGUCUUAUCACUUCUCUGACUGUUGAGUUUUUGGGUCUUGCUGCUGCCACUAAUCUGCACCAUAACUUACUCAACAAGAUCAUCCAUGCACCUCUUCGAUUCUUUGACGUUACCCCACUUGGUCAAAUUCUCAACCGUUUCUCUGCAGAUACCAACAUUAUCGAUCAGCACAUUCCUCCAACACUGGAGUCUCUCACUCGAUCCACUCUUCUCUGUCUCUCGGCCAUUGGCGUCAUCGCUUUCGUUACACCGGCUUUCCUUAUCGCCCUGGUGCCCCUCGCGGUGGCCUUCUACUUCAUCCAGAAGUAUUUCCGGGUUGCAUCAAAAGAUCUGCAGGACCUAGAUGACUCCACUCAGCUUCCUUUGCUCUGCCAUUUUUCUGAGACUGCAGAAGGCCUCACCACCAUUCGAGCGUUCAGGCACGAGGCACGCUUCAGGCAGAGAAUGCUGGAGCUGACUGACACCAACAACAUAGCAUACCUCUUCCUCUCUGCUGCCAACCGGUGGCUAGAAGUCAGAACAGAUUAUUUGGGUGCUGUUAUUGUCCUAACAGCUGCAGUAGCUGCCAUCUGGAUGUCUUCUUAUGGAGUCCAGCCUGGUCUGGUUGGACUGGGUCUAACAUAUGCUCUAACAGUGACUAAUUAUCUGAACUGGGUAGUGAGGAACCUGGCAGAUCUGGAGGUUCAGAUGGCAGCAGUGAAGAAGGUUAAUAGCUUCCUGAGCACAGAGUCCGAGAACUACGAGGGUUCCAUAGAUGUCUCGCAGGUUCCAGAGGACUGGCCUCAGCAUGGUGAAAUUAAAAUCCAGGACUUGUGUGUGAGAUAUGACCCCAUGCUGAAACCUGCUCUUAAACAUGUCAAUGCUUUCAUCAACCCUGGCGAGAAGGUGGGCAUUUGUGGGAGGACAGGCAGUGGAAAGUCCUCGCUGUCUCUGGCCUUUUUCAACAUGGUGGACGUUUUUGAAGGAAAGAUCAUUAUUGAUGGCAUUGAUAUCUGCAAGCUGCCUCUGCAGACUCUGAGAUCCCGGUUGUCUAUCAUUCUUCAGGAUCCAGUGCUGUUCAGUGGCUCCAUCCGUUUUAACCUGGACCCAGAAUGCACCUGUACUGAUGACAGGCUUUGGGAGGCUCUAGAAAUUGCCCAGCUCAAGAAUAUGGUCAAAGCACUCCCAGGAGGACUUGAUGCGGUGGUAACCGAAGGAGGAGAGAACUUCAGCGUGGGCCAGCGGCAGCUCUUCUGCCUCGCCAGAGCCUUUGUUCGUAAGAGCAGCAUCCUGAUCAUGGAUGAGGCCACGGCAUCCAUCGACAUGGCAACGGAGAACAUUUUACAGAAGGUCGUGAUGACGGCGUUUGCUGACCGCACCGUCGUCACCAUAGCACACCGGGUUCACACGAUCCUGACGGCCGAUGUUGUGAUCGUGAUGAAGAGAGGGAACAUACUCGAGUAUGGGAAACCAGAGGCGCUGAUGGAGCAGGAGGACGGCAUGUUCGCCUCCUUCGUCAAAGCAGACAUGUAGACGCACUAUCCAUCAGUACACACCUCCACACACACACACACACACACACACACUCACACACUGCUGACGUAGAAGGAAGGAAGGAAGGAAGGAGUUAUUUCUCAUUUUAUAAACAGGCAGAUUUUCCAGUCCGCCUGUGCCUUUGACCUUUUAGCAAUUUUACAUUAUAUAACUGCAGUAUUGUUUCAUGCUUCUUCCUUUUUUUUUUUUCUUUUUUUUUUUUACAUUAAGUUGAUGAUAUACUAUAUGUGUGUGUUAAUGUGAGAAAUAGCAGCUAUAUAUAUAUACUGUUUUAACUGGUACUAACACUGUACGCAGUUGUCAGCACACUUGAGAGCUGACGCAUCCUGUCUGUCUAAUGUGCAUUGCUGAAUUUUACUCUGGAUAAUAAAGGGAGACUUUUCGCCCCACAGAGGCAGAAAUUACUAUGCAAAACUAAUUUUUUUGUGUGUGUGUAUCAAGACAUUAUAUCCUAUAUCAUUUUCCUGUAACAAGCAGGACCUGCAUUAUGGCCUGUUGUAAUGAAUUAAGAAUGUGAAUAAGAUCUUGUGCUUCCUGGGGACAGCCAGACCACAGAAAAUAUUUUAUUUACAAUAUAGAGCUGUAUGUUAGUGAGAGUUUUUUUUUUUUCCUUUCUAUUACUACACCUGUAGUUGUAUAUUUGUAUUUGUGUUCACUUCUCUUCGCUUUUUAUUCUCUCUUGCGUCUAUGUUCCAAAACGUACAGCGAGUGAUUUUUAGCUGAGAUCUUUCUUUCUGUAGGAUAGCGAGUGUAUACAGGGUGGCUGGACUUUAUGAUAUUAUAAGCCUGAAGGUGGCCUGAGCGCUGAGUGAUUUUAGAUAUGUACAUUUUGGAUAGAAAUUCUUUUUAAACACAUAUUUCCCCCCCCCGAGAUCAGAUAAGGAUCCGACGUUCUCGGAGUGGUACGGCUAUGACUUUUAGUUUUUAUUAUUAUUAUUAUUAUUAUUAUUUUAGUCACGUCAUAUACACUGCUACUCACUGCAUCUUUUCUGACUGCGACUCAUCAUAUGCAAAGUGCACUUGGGGGAGAUGCUCUCUUCCCUCUUCCGUAUACGCAAGCUCCUCUCCCGAGAGUAAUGCCAAUCCCGAUCCCAGCCACGGACUCUUCGGAGUUACGAAAAAAAAACAAAAAACAGGCCAUUGGUGUAACUCUGGAAGGUAGCUCAGAGCAGGACUCCACUUAACACCUAGUCACAAUGCCAUCCUAACAUCUUUAGCCCAGCUGCGUCACACCGAUUCACACCUCCGUACUCCAACAACCGUCCUGUGACCUUAACCCCAUAAACCUUGUGCAGAUUUUUUUAUACAGUUUGCACAAUAUUCAGUAAGUACUAUAGCUUACUGGGGCACUAUUGGGAAACUAAUAGGAAAUGUGUGUAGGACUAUGUCUGGACUCUUUGACCGUUCGUCCAGGGUUUUAACAGGUUUUAUGACAUCAUAAGCGUGAAUAACCACAGAGGUUUAAAUGUCAGACGUUUUCCCACCACUCGGUAGAACUGAUGAGCAGUGAACUUCUUCAUGAUUAGAACAAGUCCAGCUGUUCUGCUUUAUUCCCACUAGACCUAAACUUCACAUUCAACUCUUUCCUAGUCUUUUUUUUUUCUUAUUUGUUUGUUGUUGUUUUUAUUUUAUUUUAUUUUAUCAUCAUUGCUGACAAAACUGAUCUAGCCAAGGGGUCUAUGUAACAUGAUCCGUUUGACUACCACGGUUUCUCCCUGAAUUCUAACAGGGACUGCUAUGAUGAUAAUGAGUCUUUAUUAAAAACGUAUAAAUUAGAGCACAGUGAAAUUCUUUUCUUCGUAUACCCCAGCAUGUCAGGAAGCUGGGGUCAAAGCCAUGAUGCAGCACCCCUGAAGCAGAGAGGGUUAAGGGCCUUGCUCAUGGGCCCAACAGUGGCAGCUCGGCAGUGCUGGGGCUUGAACCCUCAACCUUUUGAUCAAUAACCCAAAGCCACCACUGCCCCUAGCUAUGUUGCUAUGUUUGAUCAAAUGAAAUUUUAUAGCACUUCUCUGGAUCCUUUUACAGCCAACAGAGUUUUUAUAGGGCAGUGUUUCUUCUUCAUAAAGCAAAAUCACCCCCCGCUUUAAUAUUUAUCAUACAGUGGUACUGUAUGCCAGAGUCUGCAAAGACACUGAACUCUCAAAGCGUCCAAUCAAUACUGCUUUCACCAAGGAUGUUAGCCUUACUCAUGAGUGUUUCUACGUAUUUUCAUAUGAUGCAUCACGUUGUGCAGAAUCGCAGCGUUAAAUACAAUAUUUCUUACAAGCAUUUUGUGCUGAAUUGUCUUAAAAUGUACAUAUGUAAUUACUGUUAGCAGCAUAAACAUUUAACCUUAUACUGUGUGCCUGUGGUUUUUUGUUGCUGUUUUUUUACAAUUGAAUAAAAGCUGCAGUGAA